AGUUAAUGCUGGCCUGCAACCGUAAAACACACAGGGGAAAUGGGCGAUAUAAGCCUAAAAAUGCAACUUUUAUAAAAUCAACUUUUUAACAAUUUUGAAAGUAUAUCGUAGUAGUUUGCUCUGUGAAAGGAUGGCGUCUGAAAAGAUUGCAAUGAAAAACAAAUUGAAAUCUGUCAAAAUAAGCUCCCACACAAGCAAAAGUGCUAAUCAAAAUUCCGAUAUACUAGUGUCAAAAGAUACAUGUGCAUUUGAUGAGUCGGAUCUCAUUAAACUUAUUGUGACAAAAUUCCAAAUUCCCAACGGAAAAGAAAUACUUUUAAGUCUUGUCAUGCAGCCAGCUAUAUCUGAACCAUCCAGCAGAGCAAACACAAGCUCAGAAACAGUGAGUGUCUCUAGUGAAUUGGCAAAUGAAUUCCAUUUAAAAAGAUAUCAUGACGCCUUAAUACAAGUUGUCAAUUCUAAGGUGUAUACCGUGGAUUUUGUGGAAGUUACAUUCAAAGAUCAAUAUUUUAGUAGAACGGAUAUGAUGAGAUUAAAAGAACGCUUGACAAAUACAUGCGUUUAUUUGAAUAAAAAAAUAGAAUUUUCCGGCUUAAGAGUUCAAGUAGCGGAGAUUUGGAGAGGUGGCAAGAGAGUUAGUAGUGGAUAUGUUUCGGAAACUAGUCGUGUAGCAUUUAGAUCUUAUACAGCCCAAGUGAAUAUCUUUAUACAAAUGUCGUCGGAAAUGUGGAAUUCCGAUACGAAUGGUUAUUUAUAUUAUGAAAGAGCGUUAGACGGAUUUUUAACUGAUUUAUUUGAUACAUGGCAAGAUAAGCAUUGCAAUCAUGACGUUACAAUCACUCUAUUCUCAAGAGUUUAUUAUACGAAUAUUUGCUCCAGAACUCAACUACCACCUGCAAUGCAAGAAUGUAUUCAACAAAAUAGCGAUGGAGAGUUUUUUGAAGAUUUCUAUAGAGUUGUUGUACAAAAUGAACGAUACGACGAUUGGACUCCAGUUAUUAAUACUUUAAGAAGGAUUAUGAAAAAUUAUCGUACUAGUAUAUAUAAAUACUACGAGAAUUCGAUAAAAAGUACUUUAUUGCAAAAGCCUGUUAUAGUAAUAUCAAAUUCAAUAAAAGGGAACGUUUUAGAAGUUCUUAAUAUGAGCUUGAACGUUUUUGAGAAAUAUUAUCUUGAUCGAUGUUUAGAUCGAACUGGUAAAGUUUCGAUUGUUGUUUCACCCGGUGCUGGCCUCUUUGAUGUUUGUAGUGAUAUGGUACGUGUUACCAGACAGAGGACUUUGGAUUGCGGUAAUUGCUCGGAUUUAGUUUGUUUGGGUCAACAACCCCUACAUGCUGUACCGCUGCUAAGGGUCAGGAAUUUUUCAACAAGACAAAGUGACUACGAUUACGUUGUACCAAAUUGGAUAAAUCAUAGUUUUUAUUCAACAGUUGUCGGAACUGGUAGAAAUAAACAAUUCCGUCCGAGAAUUUCCAUUCCAAUGCUAGUUAAUAGGAAAGAUGGACUUCAUGUGCCAACCGAGAAUUCUUUGAACAAAGCUGAAAAUCAAUCGAGUGCUACUCGCUAUAAAAUUCCAACUCCGAGGAAAACAAGAAAUAGAAUAUGUAAUGGAAAGGGGAAAUUUACUAAAGAAGGGUAUGAGGAUAUUGGAGAUGAAUAUUUCGAAGAACACGAUAGGAAAAUUUUUCGAAGGCUUAAUACAAACAACUCUGAGUCGAAUUUAGUGAAGAUAAGCAAUGGUAUUCCUAAGAAGACGCUACCUACUUCAAGGAGUCCAACGAAAAGGUCCAGUCGCCAACGUCAUAAUUCUUUUCCUGAACAGACCCGUAAACAGGGAUUGGUUAAGCGAUCAGUAUCAUUCGAUUCGCCAACUAAGCGAAAUGACGAUAUAAGCAAGAAAAAUGAGGAUGUUGAAUCUGUAACUAAAAGUAUUAAUCCUUUUAUACCGUCUCCCAUUCACGUAAAAGUCGCCAUGACGCCGAGUAGACGGCGAUGGACUCACGCUUUCCCAAUUAACCGUCAUGGUAAUAGCAUUCAGUUACAUCACAAGCCGAUUGACUUGAAUUGUCAAAGGAAUUACUCUGAGGACGAUUUAGCAAAUAAAGGCUUAGAAUUAACGGAUAAUUAUGUAUGGGGCGUGACGGGAGAACAAAGUUGGUCAGCUGAAAUAUCUACCGGUGUUGAUUGGAAAGCGCUUUGCUUACCUGCGUGUUUUCCUCUAACUACCGAUUUUUUACCAUCGGAUAGGGUUUUAAACAGUUGCUCAUUUUCCCAAAACGACUACCUUUACGAUCCCAGGGACUUUCUUUUUUCUCUCGAAGCCUAUAAUGCAGAACAGUUGUUAAAAGAAUUUAUGUACCAAAGACUAUCUCACGGCUAUCAAGCGAUAACCGUUGACAAGAAAAGCUGUCGCUAUUUAUCUUUAGGUGAAACUGUUCAUAAAAUGGCGAUAGAUAGAUCGGAGAACGGGGAUAAAGUAAAAAUAACCACCCAUAAACCGAAAGCACGACCAACGAAUACAAUUUUAUCCUAUAAGUACCGUUUUCAAGUUCCGGAUAGCAUAAGCUACGACGUUUCCUGGACAGAUUUUGUGUGUAAAGCUACGGACGAUAUAAAUUGGACGUAUCUUGAUUCUUAUUUAGCCUGUAAGGGAAGAUCAUUAGAUUAUACUGUUGACUCGUCAAUGAAAUAUUGGAGAAUGAGAUUUAUAUUGAUACCCCCAUAUCAUUAUUCGCUGAGUAGGAAAAUUAUGGAAAACGAUUUAAAACGAUGCAAUAUUUAUAACACUUUAAAGGAUAUAGACUGUAAUAGAAUGUGUACAACAUUUACGGAUACAAUUGAAAGUUUAUAUCAAUUAAAAAGGAAAAAUAGUUUUCAAAAAACCGUUAAAAAUUGUCCUAGAAACGUUUUGAAGCAAAGUUUAUCGUUGAGUUUAACAUCGAGUGAAUUUGUAUUAAAUUACAGUUCAGAUUAUUCCAUUAUUGCUGCCGAAAUGAAAGAUAGCGCAACUUUUAAAGCUUUCAAAUUUAAGAGUUGCGAUAUUAACUAUUUUGUUGUUGCAGACGCGUGUGAGUGGUUAAAAAAUAAGGUUGUCGACGUUAGUACAAACGAACAAGCCAUAAAAGUAUUACAAGAGAUGUAUAAGCAAAAUCUAAUAGAUAUUGCGUCACCGCAUCAAGAAAAUAUUAGGGCAUUAAAAAUGGGCUUUUGCGUGCUAUAUUUAAUCGAUGAAAAAAAGAAAUUGUUCAAUAAGGAUUUAAAUCACUUUACCAAAAUUGAUUUUUGCGAAGAAGAAUGGUACUUUCAUUCGUUCAGCAAGAAUGGAUUUGAAAAGGAUGCAAGGAUCCCAUCACACGAACCGAAAUAUGUCUUUUCGCGGUUGGACUGUAGUGAAAUUGCUCACGGUAAUCGUGAAGAGUGGUUGCAUUUAAAGCACCAUCCAAGCUAUUGUCCAUAUACUGCCUUCGAAUUAGAAUUUCAGAGCGUAAAUUGUUCAGGUGCUACUUUAUCAGAUCUAAUCGGUGCUUGGCACCGAAAGUCUUUACCAGCCAGUAAGCAAGAAAGAGAACCGGAAGAUUGGUUGGAUACGGUGCAUAUUGUGCCGAUCCCUUGCGAUCCCUUCGCUCUGCCGUACACGGAAAAUUCUGAUCCACUUCGAGGACCAAUAUUCGUCCCAUUAAAUAUUCACUCUGUUUGCGACAAACAAUUACAUCCAUUCGAAGACUAUGAACCAUCUACAAGGGAAAAUCGUUUGAAACUCUUUCAGGAAAAAAUUUUGCUUAGCUUUGGAUUCCUACCAAUUGGGAUCCAUGCCAAUCAGAAAAAUCAGAAUAUUCAAGAUCAGUAUAUACACGCUAGUGGCGGCAUGCUGGCUCUAAUACCAGAUAUGAGAGCUUUACCUGCGUCUAGUCGGCCCGAUUCAUUACCAACAACGCCCAGACGUCAAUCAAGGCGAUUUAUAAAUUCGUCGUCGCAUAAUCUCUAUAUUGAAUCGAGAAUGAGUGGCGAGGCGCCUGGCGCUGGGUUUUUAUGGGCUUGGAACUAUAUGCUAAACGGGAAAUGGAGAAAUAAGUCUACGGGUGACGAAGCCUUUCAAGAUAAGAUGUUAGCUGAUUUUAGAUUAUUCUGCCAGAACAGCGAAAAUCGUUUAGUAGAAUUUUGGAACGAAUGUAAAUGUAGCGUUAAAAAAAUGGGCCCAAGAAGAAGGUCAUUUAGCGAACCGGCCAAUUCAAUAAAACAGAAAACAAGACCAACAGAAGCUCACAGAGACUCUUGCCAAUUUUAAAAUUUCACAAAAUGGGAUAGGAAUAGUAUUUAAAAAAAUAAUAAUUAUAAUGACAAGAGUUAUUAAAAAUGAAUAUUAUAAUAUUAUUAAUAUAGUGGUGAAAUAUGUAUAUAUUAAAAAUAGAUUGCUAUAUAUCUUAUACGUAUAUACAGUAUUAUACGUGUGCAUGUCCGUAUAUUGAAUUUGCAAUCUAAUUUCUUAAUUGGAAAAGGGAAGAAGAAAGGUAGAGAGGAAAGAAAAGAAAUUUUGUUUAUCAUUUAUAACAGCUAGAUUGAUAUUUAUGUAUACUGUAUCAAAAUAAGAUAAAGGUAAAUUUGUUCUUCCUUUUCCUUUUCCCCUCCGCGUUGCCGUUUAAUUUUUCUAUAUAGUUUUGUUUACUUGUAAUAAUAAUAAUAAUCAUAAUAAUAAUAAUAGUAAGUAUAAUUCUGGUAAUAUGGGAAUGUAGUGAAUUUACUUGUUCGAAUUAAUAAUAAUUCUCUGGAAUUUACUCA